AUGGCUCCUGGUUUAAAAUUUUCCCCGAGAACUUUGUCAAAAUACAAGCACGGCGUAGCGUAUGUAUCAAAUGUAGAUGGAAGAGGCAUUUUCUCUGUUUAUGGAAUUUUCAAGAGAGGGCAAAAACCUUCAUACGACCUCGUGAAUAUUUUGUGCUACGUUGCGGGUGAAAUUCGUGAUGGCUUCCUCGUGGAAAGACUAACAGAAAACGAGUUAGUUCCAAUACUUGAGAGUACUUUUCGUUUGGCCGUGGGAAAAGCAGUUUUUCAACCAGUUGCCACUGAGGAAGCAGCAAAACUUUUGGUUAUUCCUUGCUACGAGAAGGCAAAAGCAGGAGGGGUUGAACUCUUCUCAAAUUGCGAAGACGAAGUACAGCGAAGUUUUGAAUUCUACGAGCGUGUUUCGCGUUUUUGUCCCUACAGCAGCGAAGAAGAGUUUGUAAUGGCUAAAGGAGGAAGCGAAGUGAAGAAAACAUUUUCUCAUUUAGACCUUUGCCGCCGCGAGUUUGAUGCUUGGUGGCUGGAGAAGUCAGAACUCGAGCAUCUUGGAUGUCCCCUCCCCGUUCCACCUGUAAACUACCCAGAAUCUGGACAACUUCUUAGUGGUGGCGGUAUGAUUGACUUUAUGAGCGAGGUGAACAAUCAGAGGAGCAAGAUCUCAGCCUGGAAGAAGAGAACACUAGAAAAGUUCAGCAUUCCUGUGAACUUUGAAAGACUUGUUGGUAUAUCUAGACAUCAAGCACUGUGGUAUACUUGGAAAGGAGAUCUGAAAAUGGGUGUCACUAUGCUUGAAUCAGCCAAAAAGAUUCGCGAUGACCAGAGCUCGGAGCGAACAAUAAAUGCAAGGAUUCCUGUUGUGGAACUGUUCCUUAACCUAACACAAAUCAAACUGGCGAGAAUGGGAGAGUGCGAAGGGCAGUUCAACAAGGUUGAUUGGCAGGUGUCAAAAGGUCCUCAGUGCAAAAUCUGUCAUGCUCCAGCAAAGAAAGAAACAAGUGAUGCUUCUCCAGGAACAUGGAUUUUAACUUGUGUAGAGAAGGAUGGAAAAGGGAAAAUUGGAACUGAUGCUACAAGGAAAACUCUUGUUACAGCACUCGCAAUUGUUAAGCAGAUUAAAGAUCUGAGCAAGUUUCAGACUGCUGUUGAGUAUAGCUUAAAAGACAGCCUUGAAAUCUUCCUAGAACACUCUUUUGUGAAUCUUUACUGGAAGAAGAAACCAACUCCUCCAAUGACAGAAGCUCUUGUUGAUGAAGCAGUAGUUUUGUUUGUCAAAGCUAUUGACAGUGAGAAUUUUGAUCCAUAUAGAUGGGGAGAAUCCUGCAGAAUGAUCUUGCAAGAGUUGAUGUCGAAGCAUUGCAAUGAGAAACUUUCAGAGGGAACUAUCAGUGACGUUGGACAACUUUUCAAGAGGGCUUUUGAAUCUCAGAUAAUCCAAAAUAUUUAUAAGAUUCAAGAAGUGCCUCAGUAUGCCAGUCUUCAUGACGACACAACCUCCUUACACCAGUUGAGCUCAGUUAUGACUGCAAUGUCUGUGGCUCCUUCCAUUGCCAACCAGUUCCUUUUUAAGUGGCAGGGCAAGACAGAUAAAGAGAAGAAGAAAGCUCUCUCUGCAAGUUUUAAUGAUUUACUUGCUGCAACAAAGAAAGUGUACGGGAGUUAUCUAAGAAACGACCUUCCUCCUUGUCAAAACAGUGAUUCCUCUCAAUCUGUUUGCAACAAAAAAGAAUGCGCUUGUCAAGACCUUGCAAAAUUUCAAGAUUAUGUUGUUGAUUUGUUAUCCAGUGGAAGAAACCCUGUCUCAUUCCUCAGCUGCUCAUCAGAAGGAAAUGUAACAUUAACAGCGGCUCUGUUCAUGGAUAACUCUGGUGAACUGAUAAGUGACAUGAUCUUGUGUCAUGACAUGUACAUUUAUGAAGAGAUUAUGGAUGUUGACAACCAUGAGGAGUUUGCAAAAUGCCCCCAUCUAGCACAAUUGUGCAAAUUUGCUUGUGGUGAGAUUUAUACCAUGUUAAAGGUGAGGAUGGUUGCUGACUUCAAGGAAACCAUAUGGAGGAAGAAUGCCUCCCUAGAAAUGCGUCACUGCUUCUGCUGUGGGCAGAUGGCUAGCGAAGAUGUCAACCUGUUGAAGUGUGGUGGAUGUAAAGCUGUUGUCUAUUGUACGCUGGAGUGUCAGAAGAAGGACUGGAAGGCUGGUCACAAGCAAAAAUGUCACACUCUCAGAAAGCCUUGAUUUUGCCAUGAGGUAUGUAUAUGCACUGUGGAAUCCCUAUUUUUCACACAUUUUGGUGAUUAAAAAAUUGCUUCCUAAAGAUGGGUGUAAAAUGACAGUGUCUUAGAGAAGGCACUCAUCUUUGGUCUGAAUUAUCAGGAGGUUGAGAAGUUUAGUGUUAGAGAAAUUAGGAUUCUACUGUAGGUAUUUAAACACUCAUUGGUUGAGUCUUUCCAAUCACUUUGGUAAGAGUAUUGUUAAGUAGGUGGAGCAUGAUCAUCUGGGUGAUGUAGUCCUGAAUAGAACUGUUGUUGACAGUGACUACCGUAACAUUUUGCCAACCUGUGUGGUAGUCAUCUUCAGAGUCAAAGUGAGUUGUAUCAUAUCAGUUGAUGGUAUUUAACUCUGGUCAUUGACCUGAUUGGUCAAUUAAGUCGCAAUGUUAUGACCAAUCAGGUCAAUGGCCAGACUUUAAUACCAUUCACUCUGACUCUGAAGAUGACUACUGCACAGUCACUCAUGUCAACAACAGUCCUAUUCAGGACUACAAUCACCUGGACGAUCAUGCUCCACCUACUUAUGAAAUGACUCCUGGGUUAAAACCUUUCACAAGAGUCUCCUUGUUAAAUAUUUUUAAUAAUAUUGUUAAUACCAGGCUUCACAGUUGGAGUUACACUUGUCGUUUUUUCUGCAGGAUUAGGCCUUUUACCUCAUUAACCCUUUAAACCCUAAGAUUAAAAUUUGAAUUCUCAUUUGUUGCCCCUAUUCAUUUCCUACAGAAGUAGUGGGGAGAAGUUGAUAAAAUAUCAAGCACAUUCAUCUUGUGUGAUCAUGUAUGUGAUUCUCAUGACCACUCGGUUUUACAAAGCAUUAAUAUUACAAGGAGAAAUUUGAUGCUGAUCACUCUUAGGGCUUCAAGGGUUAAGAAUAAAAUAUUGUAUGUUUGGCUGCUUUUCUCUAAGAUAAGUUUUUCUGUGGGGUAAAAAUAGGGAGAAAAAAUUCAAAAGAAGCAACCUUGACAGCUACCAUGGUAUUUAUACAGAAAUAAACACCUUGUUUAAGGAGUAAACUUACUUAUCAGAAGAGUGUAGUGUUGGAAAUCAGUCGAGAUUUCAUAUAAUCGGAUUGACCAAACCAAUCAAUCAUUGAUUAUAAUCAGAAAAAUCUGUUUAUGAGAAUUCAAAUUAUCAUGAUAUCUUGGAAAAAAAUUCCUAAUUUUAAACUUAGUUUCUUGUUUCAAAUAAAGCUCAACGGCCAUUUCAUUUGCCUGCGUGCAGACGUCUCCUAUUUCCUUUGUUGCACGCGGAAAAGGGACAUCUGCGUAACGCCGUCGCUAAUCGUGUUCCAGCGUCCCGCUGGCAGGGAAUUCUAUUUCGCAUAAAUUGUGAAAUAAUAUCCGGUUAGUAAUAAGAGUUGACAGGCCAAACACAACAUCAUAAGCUCGUGAAGAGUCUGCUUGAACAGAGGUUUUUCUUCUUUUCUCUCUCGCACUACACAGUGCAUGUAGCAGUCUAAAUUUUGACUGAGUAAAUCUCGUUUUUGCCGCACUAAGUCUUACAUUUAGAGGUCAUGAAGCAGGCUUGUUACAUGCACACUGAGUAAUCAUUUCCUGUGGUUUAUGCUUCUGUGGGUGUUCCUGAUAGGAUUUGAUUUCAGACGCAGUUCUAAAGUGUUUAAAUUUUCUUUGACCUCUGUUUGUUACGGCUAAAUAAAGAUUUUAGUUUUUUUGGCUGGCUUUCUCCGAAAUGCCUGCCUGGUGUGAAGUCCACGCCGCUUUUGUACGGUCUGCACAGAAUGGCACAUGUUUUUAUUUGUUUUGACUGGAAAACCCCGAUUACAUAAAUCACCGCAUACAUUAUCAGACCAGAUUCAAUAACAACGAAUCAGCGUUAAGUCGAACAAUGCGCACUGUGUGUCAGCCUAUCACAGAAUGUUCCCAAGAUCUUGGGAACCCAGCGGGACGCUGGAACACGAUUAGCGACAGCGUUAUGCAGACGUCCCUUUUCCGCGUGCAACAAAGGAAAUAGGAGACGUCUGCACGCAGGCAACCAUUUCAUAGUCUGUAAACACAGAAGUAUUUCCAGUCGUUGCUUCGAUCUCUCCACCCAAAAAGGUUACUUUUUUGGUGGAGAGAAGCAAUGACCAAAAGAAUGUCUGCAUUCAAAAUGGUAACCAUUUCAGGGCUUGAAAACAGUCCUGUCUGGUCACCUAGGACAAGUAGAUUUUCUUGCUAGGUAAGAAGCUUCUUAAGGUCACUUGCCUGAUAGACAAGGGUCCAGAGCAAGUCAUCUUGUAUUAUGUAACUUAAUCAUUAACUAAGGCAACCAACUAAUGGCCUUGGCAAGCAAAAUGUGAAAGCUGCUUGUCCAAAGGGCAAGCUGAAUUUUUACUUGCUUUUUAGCCCUGCUAUUUUCAGAAACUAUUGCUUUCUUAGCAUUUUUCAAUUUGAAAAUAUAAUAAUUGAAAGUUGAAUUUCUUAUAUUGUAAUAAUUUGGCAAGAUGAACCAUAAUUGAUAAAAUUAUCUUGUUCAUCACUGUGAUAAUAGAAGUUGUUAUUUUUGUAGCUUACGACAUUACAAGUGCAUCAGUGGUAAAGUGUGGCUGAUGCAUUCUACAAUUAGAAAGUGAUAAUGGUGACCCUACCUGAAACAUUUGCGUAUACAUCCAGCAAAUAUAGCCUAUCCCUGGCUUGAGUUAUAAUGCCAAAGCAUUAUAGAGCCAAAAUAUGGUUUAAUAUAGCAGGUGUACUCCUCUGUUCGUUAUGUAAAAUUUUCAUAAAAGAACAGUGGCUGAUGCUCGAAUGCAAAAGCAAGUCGUUACCUUAAAGAAAGGAAGGUAUUAUUUAUCAACAAGAUUGAAGUAAGACUUACUAAUAACCAACAACAUUCUUAAGGAAAGUUACCAAGCAUUUUGUCAAGUUUCAAUGCCACUUAUAGCCAUUUGCAAAAGCAAAUUUAUGAAAGUUUGUACUACUUGACCUUCCUUAAAAAUAUCUUGUUUUGAGAGGAAUAGGAAUGUAAACAGAUUUUUUUGCUGAUCACUGGUGAUAUUGAAUAUGCAAAAGCUUUGUUGCAGUUAUAAAUUCAUCUAAAUGAAAAGAAGAUCAUCACAGGAGAGAUGGAACCGCAUGAGUUGAAUCUUUAACUGCAUUGUUAUUCUUUGCACUUGUUUCUUUACUCUGGGGUUUAAAUACAUGACGUUCAUAUAAUUAUUCAUAAUCAUCAUUUUAUAAAUCCAGCAGUGGUGCUAACUAUAUUGACAAAAAAUUGACUAGACAAAUGAUAAUGUGUGGUUCCAGAAAAUAUCCAUACCCCCCCCCCACCCCACGGGAAGGAUCGGAUUUUCCCGGGGGGAGGGGGGUCAAUUUGCCUAAUUUUCCAGGGGGGAGGGGGGGUGACCAUAGGGAAAUAUUUCCAGAGGGUUCUUGUGGCGCAUAAGAUAGUAACAAAGAAAAAACACAAAAAUUUACCAUGAGAAUUUAUUUGCAAAGAUAUAAAAUAUGAGCGAUUAAUGACCUGCUUGAAACUUGUUUAAAAACAUCAAUUUUAUGUUCAGUCAAAAGAAUGUAUAUGUAAAGGCCAUUAAUAAAUAACUGGUCAAGAACUAAAACGAUUUAAUACACAUCAUAAAUUCAAAUUAAAUUUUGCAAGCUCCCUAGAUUAUCUCAAGUAAAGAAGUGUUUUCGUUGUUUGUAGGUGAACAAUUGUUACAAAACAACUUGCAGCCAGUGUAAAGGUGGAUUGUUCAAUGUUGUUGUUGACCUCGGAGCUUUCUCACAAAAUGUACCAGGAUUUUUAAUUUCAAGCAAGAUAUACAAAGAUUUAUGUCCUUUUCACAGUCUCAGUUAAUUACAGCAUUCAAAUUAGAACAUGGUUUACUUUUCCUUCGGAGGAGGUAGCAUUGUCUCCAAAACGUUUGUUACUUUGUUUUCUUGGAAACGUUUUUUCCUGUAAAUCCAAGUUUUCACUUGUGUAUUUGAGGUGAAAUUAAAACAUUUCUUUCUUAUCUGUGAAUUUUG